AUGGCAAUUACUUCCAAGCCGACAAUUCUAUUGGUGCCCGGUGCAUGGAUGCCGUCUGACUGUUUUGGUCCGCUGCGCCAUAUGCUCGCCGAAGAGGGAUAUGAGACUGUUGCUGUCAACAACCCUUCAGUCGGCAGCGAGCCCGCAGACCAGACACUAGAUACUGAUGUUGCUGCUUUGCGAAAAACUCUAGAAAGACUGAUUGAGCAAGAAGGCAAGGACGUGAUUCUUUUCUUGCACUCCUACGGUGGGGUCGUUGGCUCUUGUGCCAGCGAAGGAUUCGGUGCAAAGCAGCGCGCAAGCGAGGGAAAGAAAGGCGGAAUCACGGAAAUCAUAUACUGCACUGCAUUUGCACUCAAGGCUGGAGAAAGCCUUUUGGCUAAGCUGGGCGGGAAGAUGUCUCCAUGGAUGAGAGUCGAGGGCUCCAAGGUGUACAUUGAUUCAACUCCCGAAGACGGCUUCCCCGACCUACCAGAGGCCGAGCAAAAGAAAUGGCACGGUAUUCUGACUCACACUGCUGCCGGGGUCUUCAGCGGUGCUUCGACGUAUGAGCCGUGGCAUCACAUCCCCUGCGCGUACUUUAUUUGUGACAACGACACACUUCUCGUACCUCCAAUCCAAGAGGCGAUGGCCAAUUCUAUAGGAGCUACGAUUCAGAGAAAUACUGGAAGUCAUAGUCCAUUUCUUUCUGUUCCAGAUCAACUUGUCAAAGGAAUCAAAGCCGUGCUGGGGGAAAGUAGAUAG